UUGACAGCGGCCAUUGCUUGACGCUUGUUGCAUUGUGUUUUAUAGUCGGAUGCCCUUGCGAUAUUUGUGGUGUUUUUGAGCUGUUAUUCGUUGUAAAUUUUGUGGUUUUCUGUUAAGUUUUUGUUGAACUUGUUUGUUUUGUUACGGAGUUGUGUGUUUUGCGUGAACAUGGAUGAUAACAAACCGGGAAGUAGCCGGCCUAGUUCCCUGCUUACAUUUCCUUCUCCGAAGAAAAAGAGGCCUAAAACGGGACAGCUUUCGUCAUCGGAGAAGACCGUACUUGUUAACGUUUAUAAAUACGUGGAAGAAACGUGGCCCAAGGAUAAAUACCCAUAUAAAACCGAAAUCGUUCAGAAAACGGCAGAAAUUGUUGGUGUCUCGACUCCUACUGUAUACUCUGUUUUGAAAGAAUACAAGACCCACGGUCGUGUUCAGUCUCCACCGCCACCUGCGACGAAACCAAGUUUAGUAAAUGCACUGGAUGAGAUUGAACUGGGUGGCAUUCGAAGAAAAGUGCACCAAUUUUAUUUUGCCAAUGAAAUACCAAGUAUAGACAAAAUGCUUGAUGCAGUAAACAGUGAUGAGAGUCUGCCAAACUUCUCGAGAACCUCAUUUUUUAAAGUUUUAAAAAAACUGGGGUUCAAGUACUCUAAAAGAAACCGAAAAAGUAUGUUGAUUGAUAGAAGUGAUAUAGCCUUAUGGCGUAUUAACUAUCUAAACAAAAUAGAAGAAGAACGAAAGGCAGGGAAAAAGAUUUAUUACCUGGAUGAGACCUGGGUUAACGAAGGGCACACGAAAGAAAAAGUUUGGCAAGACACAACAAUCAAGAGUACCAAAGAAGCUCAUCGCCAAGGGCUUUCUACAGGACUCAAAAAUCCAUCCGGCAAAGGAAAACGCCUCAUAUUAGGCCACAUAGGAUCUUCAACCGGCUUCUUGAAGGAGGGCGAGCUGAUCUUUUUAGCGGGCACAGAUGAUGGAGACUACCAUAAAGAAAUGAAUGGAGCAAACUUUGAAAAAUGGUUUGACGUUAUUUUAAAUAACGUUGAGCCAAAUUCAGUAAUUGUGAUGGACAAUGCACCAUACCAUUCACGCAAGCUCGAAAAAACUCCUAUUUUAAAAACAAAAAAAGCUGAAAUCCAGGAAUGGUUACGGUCCAAAAAUAUUGCUUUUGGACCUAAGGAAUAUAAGGAGCAACUCUUGAAGAGAGUGCGAAAAGUAAAAAAAAAAUACGAAAAAUAUGUUGUGGAUGAAAAAGCAAAAGAAAGGGGCAUUACUGUCAUAAGGCUCCCGCCAUACCACUGCGAGCUCAACCCUAUUGAGCUCAUUUGGGCACAGGUAAAAGGGGAGAUUGCCGCAAAAAACAAAACGUUCAAAUUGAAAGAGCUAAGAGAUUUACUACCCGAGGCACUCGGAAAUGUCACUGCUGCUAAUUGGAAAAGCUGUGAAGAUCAUACCAUAAAAGAAGAAGAAACAAUGAGAGGGUUAGACAACCAUAUCGACAACUUGACUGACAGAUUUAUAAUAAAUGUGGGGGGGGGAUUGGGAUUGGAAUCAUCAUCAUCAUCAAGUGAUUCCGAAUAA